AUGUGGUGUCCCGUGCUCUUCUUCUCAGCGUCCUACCUGCUUCUCGACGCGGUCGCUGCCUUUAUCAUCUCGCGCCUCAUCUACUUGGGCGUUCGCAACUUCUUUGAGCAGCUGUGCGACCGUUUCGGUGCUCGGCUGCAGGCGAAGCUGGCGUCUCGGUCUGCUGCGUCCCACGCGAAUUUGCUGCUUCUCGGCUCGACGACGUGGCCGUCUGGUGCACCGAUCGUGCCGAGCACGCACUGGAACGGCGGAGGCAUCGGCGGAACCAACUUGCCCGAAAGCGGUAGCAGUGGUGGUACAGCGCAGAGCAGAGUGCUGAGGCCGUUUCUGCAUAGACCUGUGCAAGGGCUUGAAAGGGUUCCAUCAGCGACGGACUACUCGGCAAGAGGUAGUUCUGGUGCCAGCACGACGGCUAGCACGGGGACGAACCUGCUAAGUGCAGCACAGAGGAGGGAUUGGAUUGCGGUCACGGAUCCACAGAGGCGGAUCGAGGUGCCCGUGUACCCGGAGAUCUCGAGUCUAGUCAACGUGCUCACAUACGAAGCGCUAGACACGCGCAUCGGACACCGGCUCAAGAACUUUGCUCGCUGGACUGCAGGUUGGCUCCGUGCUCCCGGCCCACACGACAAGCCACCUGCCACUACUGCUGUGUACACUCUCAGUACGACGGACAGAAGAUUGUCAUCGUCCUUCGCGUCAACCGAGAAACCCUAUCCGUCACCACCUCAUGCGCUGUCAACUACAAUGACAGGCCAAAGCGUCUUCUGCCAGCUGCCCGAGGAGCUCAUCUCAUAUAUCCUCCUCCUCGCCGCCUGUCCCAGCCUCUCGCCACACGAGCCACGAUCCUGCCCAACCAACAUCCUGCUUCUUUCUCGUCGUUACUACAACCUCAUCAUCCCCCGACUCUACCACAGCGUCUCACUGCACACACCGGCUGCCUUCCGAUCGUUUCGCGUCACACUCGCGCUGCACAACCCGGCACUCGGCAGAUUCGUGCGAAAACUUCAGAUUGGCAGUUCAGGGUUCGAUGCUUCGGGCUACUGUCCUUCGGCGCUCGCGGAUCACGGGCCUUUGUCGGUGGGUAUUGAACAGAUGCUGCUUGCCAGUCCGGGGUUGCAGGAGCUGAGUUUGGAUCUGUUCAGCAUGGGCGCGCUGCAUACGGGUACGAUCGCCAGGCUCGAGAAGGGCCCGCAGCCCACGAGGCUGUGCACGGAGCUUACGACAAUUCCGUACCUCAGCCUGCCGACGUUUGAGGACUUGCGCGAGCUCGAGCUGCUGGUGUUCGGAAUGGACGCGGCUACCGCUAGAGAGUUGCGCGUGGCACUGCCGUUGCUAGAGAAAUUGGAGUUGCGCUUGGUGACCAGGCGUCGCGGGCCGGCGUUUCAGAUGCAAGAUACAUGGUUGCCGACGCAGCUUCCGACGUUUGACAACGAAGGAGAUGACGAGAGUUCGGCCGAGGAACGUGCUGCCGAAGCCGACAUUCAGCGUGGUACUGGCGACGGCGACGUCUUCCAGCUGGAAAGCGACAUGCAAGACUUUAUCGACGCCUUGCAUCUGUUGACGCGGUGGCCCGCAGGAGAUGAGAGACUGGGAAAGGCGUUGAAGGAGAUCAGGGUAUCUGCAUGGCCGAAUGCGGUGCGCAGGCUGAAGAAGGUCUUUGGUGAGGCGCAGUAUGGUGGUGACAAGAGGACCACGCCGAUUCGGAUCGAACUGGAUAGAGGGUAUUUGCUGGGGCCGAGGAGGGGCGCGCACGUGUUGUGGAGGAAGGAUAGGGCCAGAGCGGCAUGGGCGACGUGA